AUGUCCUGGUAUAAUCGGGAGUACAAGUAUUCGUUGAUUCAGAAAUUUGCCCUGAAUGUUCUUAAGCAGGGCGUGCUUCCAAAACAUGUUGCUUUUAUUAUGGAUGGCAAUCGUAGGUUCGCAGCCAACCGAGGACUACAAAAAUCAGAAGGCCAUCGGUCCGGUUUUUCAAAACUAACAGAGACAAUCACAUGGUGCCAUGAUUUAGGAAUAAAUGAAGUAUCUGUAUACGCAUUUAGUAUUGAAAACUUUAAACGGCCAGAAUCAGAAGUCAAUUUCUUAAUGAACCUGGCCGCCGAAAAAUUCCGGGAAUUCAUUGACAAAAAUGAUGAGCUUACUGAACACGGUGUGUGUGUCCGAGUUAUUGGCAACCUCUCAUUGCUUCCCCCGGAAGUGCGUCGUCUCGCAGCGCAGGUCAUGUUGUUGACAAGGCACAACACAAAUCUUGUUGUUCUUCAAAUGCCCCACUACUGUUUCAGAGCUACGCUAAACAUUCUCCUGGCCUACACGACCCGCGAUGAAUUGACGCAUGCUGUUGAGUCCAUCCGUCUUGGCGUCCAGGAAGGUGUCAUCCGCGAAGAGUAA